AUGGGAGUGAUGUUGCACGUGGAGAUGUUGAUGCUGGUGUUUCUGGUGCUCUGGAUGUCUGUGUUCAGCCAAGAUCCUGGUUCCAAAGCUGUUGCUGAUCGCUACGCUGUCUACUGGAACAGCACCAAUCCCAGAUUCCAGAGAGGUGACUACCACAUUGAUGUUUGCAUUAAUGACUACCUGGAUGUGUUCUGCCCUCACUAUGAGGACUCAGUCCCUGAAGAUAAGACAGAGCGUUAUGUCCUCUACAUGGUGAACUUUGAUGGCUAUAGCUCUUGUGACCACACCUCCAAAGGGUUCAAGAGGUGGGAAUGUAAUCGACCUCAUUCUCCAAAUGGACCACUGAAAUUUUCUGAAAAAUUCCAGCUCUUCACUCCCUUCUCUCUAGGAUUUGAGUUCAGGCCAGGCCGGGAAUAUUUCUACAUCUCCUCAGCAAUCCCGGAUAACGGAAGAAGGUCCUGUCUAAAGCUCAAAGUCUUUGUUCGACCAGCAAACAGCUGUAUGAAAACUAUAGGUGUUCAUGAUCGUGUUUUCGAUGUUAACGACAAAGUAGAAAAUUCAUUAGAACCAGCAGAUGACACCGUACAUGAGUCAGCCGAGCCAUCCCGUGGUGAGAACGCGGCACAAACACCAAGGAUACCCAGUCGGCUUUUGGCAAUCCUACUGUUUCUCCUGGCGAUGAGUUUGACAUUAUAGCACACUUGACUCCAGUAACCUGUCACAGAAAACAUCAGGAUCUUGGGACAUCAGAGAUCCACCUAACUCCUCAUCCUAAGAAAGGGACUUUUUAUUGGUUUUUUGCAGAUGUCAGAUUUCUUAUUUUUUUUCCCCUCCUUUCAGCCUGAAAUAUAAGCAACAACUUGGGAGGCAUAACUAGUUUCUGCCUUCCAUUCCCCUUUGCCUAUGAUUUUUCUCACCCUUUCCAAAUUAAAUGGACUCCAGAUGAAAAAGCCAAAUUGUUAUAAUGAUACCAGUUAUUCUUAUGCUCCUGUGUAUUCUCUUCAAAGGACUCACCUCCGUUAGCUUAUUGCGGUAUCAGUAUGUGGACAAGGAAGAAUAGUGGCAGAUGCAGUCAGUGAAGGAAAAGCCCGGGAGGAUUUUACUCUCCUAUACAAUAUUUAUGCCUUCUCAUUCAGUACUGUAAGAUGAUCAUGCAGGGCAUCUUGUCACCAUGUCAGGACUGGAGGGGAGAUAUUAAGAAUAGAUAUAAUGUAACAUCAUUUCCUCUAGGAGUUCCUAAAUUAGCAGGCUUCUAAAAGGUAAAGACACUGGUUUUGUUUUGUUUUUUUAAAUGACUGUCCUAAAGAAAUCCUGACAGUAAGACAUGCUCCAUUGCAGAAGCUUUGUUUUGAAAGGAGGUUACAUGUAGGGAUAUUAACACAAAGCAAGCAUGGUACUAUAGAUAGCAGUACACUGGGGGUAUGUAUGUGAGUGCCUCUAUUUUUUUUUUUUUUGUAACUGGGAAGCGCAUACCAGAUUUUGUUUUCUUUGAAAAUAGAUCACCAUGGUGCUACAAUGUUUUUGUUUGUUUAUUUGUUUUACAAACACAAAGAGGCAUUUUUAUGAAUAAAGUGACCUUCCCCAGGGCUGACAAGCCAGGGUUGAUGAGUGGAUAGAGUAUAUAGCCUGGCAUAUCCCUCUGGGUAAUGAUAACGUACCAAGGAAAGAACAUCACUGGCCAGAGGAAAUGUGAUUCUGGAACGCUGGUUCUCCAGUGUUUUAUUGCCUUCCCCCGACUCUCUCCUUUUACCCUCCCCCCCCAAACAAACAAACCAACAGGUCCUGCCUUGAAACUCACUCCUCGCUAAACUUUCCACCACUACCACAGGGGAAGAUAAUUAAAACCCCUGUCACCAAGAGAGUCAGCCAAUGUUGAAUGGGUGGGCAAAAGGGAAAACUGGAAUAAAAAUUCAAUAGUUGCUUUUAUAUUCUUUCCCUUUCAGAUACAGCUUAAAGAGUAGGGGGGAACACAUGUUUAUCCACAGGAGAUUAACUAGAUGGGGUCCCAAAGACUUUAACAAAAUAUUUUUUUAAAGAUCCACUAGAAUAGAAAAUACAUUAUUUAGAUAUACUUUAUGCUGAGAGUGAGUAUAUAUGCUUGUCCUAUUUAAACUUGUGAGAGAUGUGGUAUCCCUUGCUACAUUUAGGAAUGUGGGGAAAUAUCUUGUUUCUUGAAAAAAAAAAAGCAGGAUGACCCUGUUCAAAAAAAUCUUAGCAUGGCCAAAUAUGGGAUUUACAAAUUGAUCACCAGGAAAUGCAAGCCUUGAGGUUUUUACUGGCCAGGCUGCCAUGAACUUUGAACUCCAAAGUAUAGUCAGGGAAAUGUGUCAGACCAAUGGGAAAAAAAUACAGCCUUUUUAAAAAAUUGCACGACAUAUUGGUUGAAACCAAGCCUUUCAAAAGCAAAAACAAAAACAUGAACACAAAACAAAAACUGUGAUGAACAUGUCAAAUGUGAAAAAUGGAGCGCAUUCCAAUGAAAAAAAGUUUUAUAUAUUAGUUUUUAAAAAUACCUAUGUAAAAAAUUGGUGAUGUUAAUGGACAGAAUUUAUAAAUGGGAAUAAAGUUCUUACUUAGAAUUUUGGGAAGUCCUCAAUUAGAAAAACAUGAAUGAAAGGCAACCAUGGAUUUCUGGCACACAGGAGAGUUGUACACAUGAUCAAAUAUAAUAUGGGCUCACUUGAUGUUAUUCAGAGUGUAUAUGAAAUUGAUGCGGGGGCUGUCCUAGUACAGGACAAGUUGAGUGGGGCUAUCAGACACAGAUACAGUCAAUCAAUUUUUUAGAACUUCAGCCAACACUCCAUAGAGAGCCACAGUCUAAUGUAGAUUUCAGUCACCAUUUCAUUGAAAUAAGAUUUCAUAUCAUUCAAUAAUGGGUUUUUUGCUCCUUAUGUUAAUGCUUUCAGUUUGUGGACUGUAGGCCUAUAGGUUUUGGGCAGGCGGGUGGGGGGAUAAGGAGAAUGACACCUUCUAAAAUGGAUCAAUAGUCAGAAACAAAAUAAUGCUGCAUGUUCCAUAACCAUGAGUAAAGAAUGGCCCCAUAAUGAUUGCAGUUAGUUGUAAUUACAUUAACAGUGCUAAUUUCACUUUAGAAAUGGUGACUUUUGUGGUUUUCUAGCAUUUGUCUCUAACAGAUAAUGAAAUAAUGUACUCAUGGCCCUCUCCACCAUUGUCAGGGAUUUUCUGUUAACUAAUGUUAUUCACACUGAAAUUAGACCCCUUUGCUUCACCGUAGUGCCACUGCUAAUUAAGUGAAAAAUAGCAAGACUAUUAAUGCCAGUAGACUGAGUGCUACACCUCCUAUAAAUAGCAUAAUUGUGGGUAAUGCAGUUACCAGUUAUCUUGGAUACUUGAUGGCAUCAGGCAAUCUCAGUCACAUCAAGAAAGUACUGGUGGCCUUUAUUUGUGUUGUUACAACCCUCUGGAAGGUUUGGAGGAUGCCAGUGCAACUUUUGAGCAGCUUUGUGUUUAAAACAAAACAAAACAACUGAAACUAUAAGCCUUAGGGGCAGCUUGGGCUGUCACUGGACUGGCCAGCCAACCCCAGUGACCUGCACUCCUGGUUGCCAAGGGCUUUGCAACAUGAAGCAGGGAAAUAAGGAUCAGUCUGUUUAGUGGAUACUGUGUAUCCUUCAAUAGACAAGGUAACAUUUCGUGUUAGUUUAGAAUAUUGUUUUGUACUGUACUUUCUUGGAUGGCAAAGGAAAGACAAGUAAAACAUUAAAAAAAAACUACGUUCUUUAAAUUCUGUAUUAUUAGCAACCUCUGUUGUAUAUAGUGUUUGAUAAUAAAGUAUUAAUUUGA